CAUAUUCGGUAUCAGGUCAUACGCUUAAAAAGAUCACCUUACGGUAUUCUAACCACUCCCAUUAUUGUCAUACCCCCAUGGGCCCACGUGCUUGCUUCAAUGAUGUACAGCAAUUGGCAAUUUAGUUCAGAUGACGAUGAUGAAGAAGACUACGAGGUCUCUGUCCGCUGCUGCAGUCCUGACCUACCUCCUGCAGGCAGUCUCGUCUCCGUAGAUUACUCCUCCAGUCAAACGACACUUGAAGAUGGUUUGGGUGGAUUCCAAGUGGUACCAGACGAUGAUGAUGGUUGGAUUUCAGAUCAAGAUGAGGUCUAUGAUGAUGCCACACCCUCUUACAUUAACAAUGACGUUUUGGUGGAGAAGGUCAGAGGUAUUUGGUACCAGUCAAACAAGAAACUAACUGGAGAGGUUAAGGAGGUGAUUCAUUCCACAUUCAGUGAUCAUCCUGAUCCAUACUCACUACUGAUCACUCACAUUGAGAGAGUUGGUAAGAAUCGUCCUCAACCAAACUCAGUUCCACGUCUAGUAGUCACUGAGUUUCAGGAAUGGCGUAAGUCCAGUGGGUGUGGCAUUGUUCCCAGCAAGUACCACCAAAAGACUGUACUCUCAGUACUGGAGAGAUGCCAUCAUGUCCUCUUUGAUGAUUUAGUCUCCAUUUUUGACCUGGUGAAUGCUGAUAGGACUGAGCUUGUUGAGUUUAUUAGGAUAUUACUGGAUUCGUUUAGACACACUGAUGCUAUAUCUUAUGCUAUCAAGCUUAACCUUCAGGAAGAAUUUGACGUCAAGCAAUUGCUUACUCCAUUACUGGCAAUGGACAAAGUGAAUCUUAUUGAACGAUAUUUGUCAGAUUAUCCAAAGCUUCAAGAUGAUUUCUUAAAGUACCUUGAAGAACUCUACGACUCACCACAAAUGCUUGAAUCUGUCAAGAGUGACUUGUUAAAGAAAGGGAUUUGCUUCUCUGCCAGCGAUAAACUGAGUCAUCACCAGCUGGAGAAAUUAAGCAUUAGAUUAGUCAACUUUUUUAGACUAUCAAUAUCAAGCUACCCAAAGAUUUUUGAACGAAAAGCAGUUUCUUCACUUAACUAUUUACUGAAAAAGAAAUACAUUGAUCAUACUUUGUCUGAUAUUGCUGUGUUAGAAGCAGCUGUUAAAGGUAGACCUUCCCUCCAAUAUCACUUAAUUACAGAGCUGGUCUGCUACAAUGACCUACCUGCAGCUGCUCAUUAUUCCAAGCAUUAUCAGUUAGCAUCAAACCAGCUCCCUCCUUCGCUCAAUGAGUACAUGAAGAAAAUGGACUCGGAGCCCAGUCGUCCAUUGUACCCUCAGUGUAGUGCCAUACUGGCUAAGAAUGUACAGAAGCAGAUCAACGAUGUGUUGUGUAAAAGGGCUGGCUUACAACAAUCAUCUCCUUAUCAUGUGCUGAAGCUCCCUACCAGGAAGAUUACAUUCGUUGAUAAUGAAAAAACCUUUGCUAUGUGUAAGGACCGUUUGACUGAGACUGGUGCUGUUAUUGGUAUCGAUGCUGAGUGGAGGAUAGCAGUUUGUAAUAAUGGGGAGGAAAGGCUAUCCUUGUUACAGUUAGCUGUACACGAUGCCAUAUUCCUCUUAGACCCUCUCGUACUUCCAGAGAGAAUCCCUCACGACGAACUGACCAGGUUCAUCAAUAAGAUUUUUGGCUCUUCGAAAACCCUCAAAUUAGGUUACGAGGUGCAUGGUGAUUUGUCAAUGCUGGAAAGGACUUGGCCGUUCAUUGGAGCUGCUUUGAGGAAACCCAAACGUGUUGUUGAUCUCAAAUUUAUGAACGAAAUUAUUAAAAAUUCUGUUAAUGAAGUGACGACGCCUCCUCCCGUUAUAAUCAAAAAGAUAUCGGAGCCUGGUUUCCCAGUUCAAUAUGUUAACAGCAUAGGAAGAGGUUUGAGUAAAGUUGUGCCACCUGCGUCGUCCUUUCUCCCUCUCACUCCUCCUUCACCUUUCCUUCUGUCUCCUCCUCCUUCACCUCUCCUUCUCCCUUACUCUCUUCCUACCCCUCUUCCUUCUCCCCUUCUUUCUCCUUUAUCUAAGACCAGUUUUACUGGUUCUGGUCCUAGUGGCCUCAGUUUGUUGGUCAAAGAGUGUUUGGGUAAGCCGUUGGAUAAAUCACUCCAAAUGUCUGACUGGGACAGACGACCACUGCUCAAUGAGCAAGUUAAAUAUGCAGCUCUUGAUGCAUUCUGUUUAUUAGAAGUCUAUGAUUAUCUAAAGGCUUACAUUGUGAAGGAAUGUUCUGGUGUUCCUCUAGAGCCGACACUUGAUUAUCAGAGAGAAAGGACGAGGCUGGAAAAGCAAAAGAGGAGGAAUGAAAUGAAGCAGAAGAAAGCUUCCAGCAUUGGGAGCACGUCAUGAACUAGAUCGUUUCAUAAUCAUUUUUAUAAUCACUUCAUUGACUCUAUCAAUUCUAUGAUUGUAGGAAUAUCGUUUCAUAAUAUAUUAUCCAUAAUCUUGUUUCUAUGAUUGUAGGAAUAUUGUUUUUUUGUAAAUGAUAUAUUCAUAAUUAUUUUGUUUUUAAUUUGAUUCUACUCAAAAAUAAA